ACCAGCAACUUAAGUUUCUCUAUCUUGUAUCUCACAAAGUGGUGAAGGAUUGUGAAAAUGAGGGAGAAUGUUGAAGAAUUUGACAUGAAGAAAGUGAUAGAUAAUUUUGAAAGGAUAACAAAAGAUGCUGAAAAUGUUCAAAAGGAAACACUGAAAAGGAUAUUGGAAGAAAAUGCAUCUGCUGAAUACUUGCAAAAAUUAGGACUGAAUGGUAGAACUGAUCCUGAUAGUUUCAAGUCAUGUGUUCCACUUGUCACUCACAAAGAUUUGGAACCUUAUAUUAAUAGAAUUGUUGAUGGUGAACUUUCUUCUAUUUUCACUGCAAAACCAAUCACAUCAUUUUCCUUAAGUUCUGGUACUAGUCAAGGGAGACAAAAACGUGUACCAUGGAAUGAUGAAUUGUUUGAAACCACAGUUCAGAUAUAUCACACCUCUUUUGCAUUUAGGAACAGAGAUUUUCCUAUCGAUUCAAAUGGCAUGGCCUUAAACUUUAUCUACAGCAGCAAGAUGUCACAAACAAAAGGAAGUGUGGUAGCAGGAACAGCAACAGCCAAUGUGUUCAGAAAUCCAGGAUACAAGCAAGCUAUGCAAGCAAUUCGUUCCCCAAGUUGCAGUCCAGAUGCUGUCAUAUUCAGUCUUGAUUUUCACCAAUCACUUUACUGCCACCUUUUGAGUGGACUCAUUUUCAGAGAACAAGUUCAGUUAAUUUCAGCAACAUUUGCACACAGUAUUCUCUUUGCUUUCAGAACCUUUGAACAAAUUUGGGAAGAACUUUGCAAUGAUAUCAAACAAGGUGUUCUCAGCAGCAGAAUCACUGUUCCAUCCAUCAGAACUGCUAUGUCAGAAAUUCUUAAACCUGAUCCUGAACUAGCCAACUUGAUUCAUACCAAGUGCUUGAAUAUGAGCAAUGAUUGGCAUGGUUUGAUACCAGAAAUUUUUCCUAAUGUUAAGUAUGUUCAAGGAAUUAUGACAGGUGCUAUGGAACCUUAUUUGAAAAAGCUGAGGCAUUAUGCAAGAGAUGUUCCUUUGGUGACUUCUGACUAUGGAGCUUCUGAAGGAUGGGUUGCAUCAAAUGUUAAUCCUAAAGUCCCUCCUGAAUUGGCUGCAUAUGUUGUUCUUCCUCAAAUUGCAUACUUUGAAUUCAUUCCUUUGGCACAAUUGGAUGGAACUCAGGGAGAUCUUAAGCCAGUUGGCUUAACUGAGGUUAAGAUUGGUGAAGAGUAUGAGCUUGUUUUCACCAAUCCUGCUGGCUUAUACAGGUAUAGGCUAGGAGAUGUGGUAAAGAUAAUGGGAUUCCACAACUCAACUCCAGAGCUGAAGUUUAUUAGGAGGAGCAAUCUGAUACUUACUAUCAGUAUUGAUAAGAACACAGAAACUGAUCUACAAUUAUCAGUGGAUGCAGCAGCCAAAUAUUUAGCAGAGGAGAAAAUGGAAGUGAUUGACUACACUAGCUACAUUGAUUUAUCCAAAGAACCAGGACACUAUGUUAUCUUUUUAGAAAUCAGCGGCGAACCGACCGAUGAACUGCUUGGCGAAUGCUGCAAUUGUUUGGACAAGUCUUUUACUGAUCCUGGCUACACUAGCUCUAGAAAAGUUAAGGGUAUUGAUCCACUUGAACUCCGAGUUGUUAAGAAAGGAACAUUUCAAAAGAUUCUUGAGCAUUUUGUUAGUUUGGGUUCAAGUGUGAGUCAGUUCAAGACACCUAGGUGUGUUGGUCCUACAAACACUAAAGUGUUGCAAAUAUUGUGUGACAAUGUUGUCAACAACUAUUUUAGUUCUGCUUACAAUUGACUUCAAUUUCGGAUUGGGAGAAAUUCAAGUAGCUGUUUAAUAAGUGUCUUUUAAAAAGACAAAAAUGUGGUAUUCUAAUAAGUGGUUUAAAGAGUAUGCUUUGAUGUGUA